CCUCUUUCUUUUUUUUCCUCUUCCUUCCUUCCUUCUCUAACUUUUGCUUUCUCUCUUUUUGAUCUCUGACCUAAUUGUCUCUCUUCUCUCUUCUCUCCUCUCCUCUCUUUCUCCUCAAUAUCUCCCUCUCCCUCCAUCACCACCCACAAACCUAGCUAGCUGCUUCUCUCUCUCUCUCUCAUCAUCUUCUCUUCUUAGAUCUCUCUGUCCAUAGACUCAUAUUAUUCUUGACACAAAUAAUAAUAUAGCUGCUGACUACUAUAGCUACAAGGAAGCUCAAGAUAAGGAUAAUAAUAAGAAGCAAGAAGAUUGGAGAAGUUUGAAUUUGAUCAUAUCAUAUCAUAGAAUCGGUGGAUCAGCUUAAUCAAGAGUGAAUAUAAUAAUAAUAUAUUGAAGCAAGGAAGAUGACUCCAGUGAAUUUGGCAGGGCAGUUCGGAGACACCACAUACACCAAGGUUUUUGUUGGAGGCUUGGCUUGGGAGACUCAGAAAGAGACCAUGAAGAAAUACUUUGAGCAAUUCGGUGAGAUCUUGGAAGCUGUUGUCAUCACUGACAAAGCCACCGGAAGAUCCAAAGGCUACGGUUUUGUCACGUUUCGCGAACCAGAAGCUGCCAUGAGAGCUUGUGUGGAUGCUGCUCCAGUAAUUGAUGGAAGAAGAGCUAACUGCAACCUUGCUUCUUUGGGUGUCCAGAGAUCUAAGCCUUCAACACCAAAGCAUGGUCCGGUAAUGGGGUCUUUCCAGACCGGGUUUGGAGGGGGAGUGGGAUCAGCUUUUCCAUCGGCAGCAACCUUCCCUCAUUAUGCUAUCCAGCAAGGGAUACCAUAUAACGUUUAUGGGUACUCUCCUUACUCACCGGAUUACACUUACCCCACGAGCUACUACAGUGUGUAUGGAGGUGCAGCAACAGCACAGUACCCAGUGUAUGGAACGGGACAUGCUGGAGGGAUGAUGACGGGUGCCGGGGCAGCAGCGGCGGCGGCAGCAGCCACCGCGUUUUAUCCGUAUAUGCAGUACGGAGGAGAAGGGAGUGGCGGAGGUGGAUCAAGCGGCGGGAGCUAUACUACUUCAGGGCAGGGUUAUGGUGUGAAUUAUCCGCCUCAUCAACUGUUUCAGUAUUCUCCGAUUGCUUCAACCGGUGGCUAUGCUCAGCACUAUGCAACUCCCAUGUCCCUUGCUCCUUCCCCUGCCUUGCAAUCAGGCGUGACAAUGGCUCUUCAAGCUCCAAUUCCUCACCGCUAGAGACUUAUAAAAUGAAACACUAAGCUAUGUCAUCCCAUCAUCAUCACUUAUUGCAUGCAUGCUUCUUCAAGUCUCUCAUCAUCAUCAUCAUCAUCAAUCAACCUUUUGGCCUAACCAUGGUGCUCUCUUUCACACACACGCACUCUUCCACACUAACACAAAACAAAAGUCCAUCAAUGGCAUUUGGGCUUUUGCAUAAGAUGCCCCCCGUAGGGGCUCAAAAAGUUACUCCAUGCAUAUGAAAAGAAAAAAACAAACAAGGUUGCAUCUUUCAAUGGAAGGUUCCAUGGAGUGAACCAAAAAUAAAGAUGCAAUCUUUCACCAACACAAGCUAUACGGAGAUGGCUUGGGAAGUUGGAAAAAGAAUGAGAAAAAAAAAAAACACUUAGCCCCCGGAAAAGGCUAAGUCAAAAGAA